GAGCUCUCGACUUACUGUACGGAAUGGUUACCAAAAAGAAUUUGAUGGAAAUCGUGCAGAAAUUGUUGGUUAAUGUGAAUGAAAGUCAAAUGGGAAACAAAUAUAGAGAUGAAAUCAUUGCAAAACUUAUUGAUAUUUGUUCUCAAAACGACUAUCAAUUUAUAGCAAAUUUUGAAUGGUAUAUAACAGUGUUGGUGGAACUGUCGCGUGUGGAAGGGGGUACAGAACACGGAGGUCUCAUCGCUCAACAACUUUUAGACGUUGCCAUAAGAGUCGAAGCCAUCCGAUCCUUUGUCACCCGACAUAUGGCCAUAUUACUGGAGAACUCUCACCUCUUUUUGAACAACUCGUCGGUGUGUGAAGUGCUAUACGCGGCCGCCUGGAUAUGCGGCGAAUUCGCUGAUUUCAUUCCAAACCAAAUGCAAACUCUAUUGCAUUUGUUGACCACCACUGCAUUCCCGGCUCACAUAACAGCCUUCGACGAUAACGACUCAGAGGACGAAACCAUCGAAGAAAUGCAUUUUGGAGCAGAAGAAGAAGAAGAGGAGGAAGAGAUAAUUCUAUCCGAAGAACAGAUUCAACACAACAGACGGAUGGCUGACGAAAGGAAGGCCCAAAACGACAAAAAUCCGAAUUAUUUGAAAUCGAGUUCCAAAUCGAAAAAGAAGAGAAAAUCAAAGAAAGAGAGAGACAUUGAAAUGGCUGACGAAGUGGUAGAAGAGGCCCAAGAAGUGGUCCCUAAUAUAGUGACGCCAGUCAUAAGUAAUGCCAUUCCGGGACUCAUUUCGUCGCAAAAUUAUGUGAAGAAAACAAAACCUAAGAAAACAAAAAAGAGUAAAAAGAAACAAAUGGAAGAAGAAGAGGACGAGGAGGAGACAGAAGUGCAUCAAAUCGUUACCAUAAAAGGCUUAGAAAUGCCGGAAGGAGUCGACGCCAACGACUUGGAGAGCGACGAGGACUCGGCUGAGGGUCAGACACAGGACCCCCACAAAGCUCUCGCAAAAAUCACUUUCAGUGAAUCGGAUUUUGUGAGCAAUAAAUACGUUUCGAAACAUUCAAAAGAUUUGAACGCAACUGAAGACAAACCCAAGAAGAAGAAGAAGAGUUCCAAAAAAGUGACACAAAAUGAAGAGAAGAUUGAAAAGAAAGUGAAGAAAAAGAGAGUUAAACCCAAAGAGAAUGAAGACUUACUCUUAGAGAAUGGGGACAAUCUGUUAGUGAAUGUGGAGUCCGUCGAGACGUCGGCGCACAACACGACCUCCAAGAAGAAGAGUAAACGACCGAAAACUCUGGAACUGAACGGAGAGAAGAAGAAAAGCAAAAAGAAGAGUAAAUCAAAGACAUCAACAGUUUUGGAGACAACAGAACUCAUAGAAUUGGAGCGAAAGCGCGACGAAUACGAGGAGACGGCAGGUAUUGAGACCCCGAGUCUGUUCGUGCCUUCAGUGCAAUCAUCGAUCCCUUCGGAAACACCGGUUGAACCGGCGGUCGAGCCCUCCACUCCUGAGAACACCAUUUGA